AUGGACACAACAAUGGGAGAAGCGGAAGCAGGUGAAAUUCUACCGGAACGAGAUGUAGACAUGUCGGCUGCAUAUGAAUUGCUUCAAAAAAGCAAAUCUUCUAUUGAAGAAAUUGUUGCCCAAAUGCUUUCUGUCAAAAAAGACUCCCAGGACAAAUCCCAACUACGUGAAAAUGUCACUCAGAUUUUCCUUAAUUUUGUGGCCCUUCGGCAGGCAAAUAGAUCAAUCUUGAUUGAAGAAGAUCGUGUUAAAUCAGAAACUGAACGUGCUAAAUUCCCUGUUGACUCCACCACUCUGCAACUCCAUAACUUGAUGUAUGAAAAGAAUCACUAUGUAAAAGCAAUAAAGGCUUGCAAAGAUUUCAAGUCUAAGUAUCCUGACAUUGAACUAGUGCCAGAAGAAGAGUUCUUUAGAGAUGCACCAGAAGACAUAAAAUCCUCAGUGAUAUCAAAGGAUAGUGCACACAACUUGAUGCUCAAACGGCUUAACUAUGAGUUGUUUCAGAGAAAAGAACUGUGCAAACUUCGUGAAAGAUUGGAACAACAAAAGAAAGCCCUUCAGGAUACCAUUGCUAACAGGAAGAAAUUCUUAUCCAGUAUUCCUUCUCAUCUGAAAUCCCUGAAAAAAGCAUCCUUGCCUGUUCAACAGCAACUGGGAAUUCUGCAUACGAAAAUGCUGAAGCAGCAGCAAUCUGCUGAACUGCUUCCACCUCCUCUCUAUGUGACUUACUCCCAGUUAGUUGCACAAAAGGAAGCCUUUGGAGAAAAUAUAGAUCUUGAAAUAGUUGGAAGUUUAAAGGAAGCUCAAGCUUUUGCGCGCCAGCAAGCAAUAAAAGACUCUGGAACGUCUGCAAAUUUGGAGAGCUCUAGAUUGGAUGAUGAUGUACCUGAUGAGGAAGAUGAUGGACAAAGAAGGAGAAAGAGACCAAAGAAGGUGCCCGGCAAGGAUAAUCUUGAACAGGCGGGAAUUUACCAGAGUCAUCCACUUAAACUUAUUCUUCACAUACACGAUGAUGACGAUGAUGAUGGUGCUAUUGAUCUCAACUCUACGAAACUUAUCUCUUUAAAGUUUGAGUACUUAACAAAGUUGAAUGUGGUAUGCGUUGCAAUAGAAAGCUCUCAAGAAGUUAAAGGGAAUAACAUUUUAUGCAACUUAUUUCCGGAUGAUACUGGCCUUGAGCUUCCUCAUCAGGCAGCCAAACUUUGUUUGGGGGAUACAUUGAAGCUCGAUGAGAAUAGAACUUCACGUCCAUAUAAGUGGGCCCAGCACUUAGCAGGAAUCGAUUUCUUGCCAGAGGUGUCACCGCUGCUUACCAGUCCCCAAACAUUAAACGAGGAAUCAACUAAACACACUGCUGUUCUGUCUGGUCUGUCACUAUAUCGCCAGCAAAACCGUGUCCAGACAGUAGUCCAAAGGAUUCGUGCGCGGAAAAAGGCUCAUCUGGCUCUUGCGGAACAGCUUGACUCACUAUCGAAGCUUAGUUGGCCAGCUCUAAAAUAUAAAAGCUUUCCUUGGACUUCACAUUCCCCUAGAUGCAGUUUGCAUAGCUGGUCACCAGUUGGUUCUGAGCUCAGCCAGAUCUUGCGGUCACCUCCCUCUAAUGCUGAAGGUCGUCAGACUCCUGAUGCCGAAAGAGUAGAAAAUUCUGGUGUUUCGAAAGUACCUUCCGAAAAUUUACAGGAAGAUGGGGAAUUGCCAUCCUUGGUAACAACUGGUGUCGUGAAUGAUUUUAAGCUUGCUGCUGCUAGAGAAGCUGAUAUUGAUGUUUCUAGAAGAAUACCAUUGAUCUCAAAAACUAUCCUAUCCCCAGCCAACAAAGGGAAACUACGUAGUUUUAAGAAACAUGAUGACGAUGUAGAUCUCAUCCUGGAUUCUGAUUAUGAGCUGGAAGAGCCUGCUGCAUUGGAGCCAGACACUGGCAUGGCACUUGUCGGGCAAGUAAAUGCAUGGGUAGAUUGCUGUGUUCAGGAGUAUAGUCUUGUUUUCACUAGGAAGGUGAAUGAUGGUGGAAAGAACAUGAAGCUGGAAUCGAAGAUUAAGAUUAGCAUGGAGUACCCACUUAGGCCCCCACUUUUUGCUCUGAAUCUUCAUUCGGAAUCUAAUGAGGAAAACUCUUGCAUGCUUGAUUAUUCAGAGUGGUACAACGAACUCCGCGCUAUGGAGGCAGAGGUGAAUGUUCAUGUAGUUAAGUCAAUACCAUCGGAUCAAGAAAACUUUGUUUUAGCGCAUCAGGUCUGUUGCCUGGGAAUGUUGUUCGACUUUCUCAUGGAAGAUGGAGGCCCUUUGGUUACAAAGAUAGAGAACACUUCUGUAGUUGAUGUUGGCUUGGGCAAGCCUGUGACUGGUGGAAUGGUUGGCCGAUUGUUCCGGGGAAGGGAUAGGAGGAGACUGAUCUCUUGGAAGGAUAAUACUUGGAGUACUGAUCACAGAGGAACUCCCGAGUAUCCUGGUCGGACCGUCACUCUGGAGCCUGCUCAAGGCCAGGUUUGCUGGGGAGUAGCAUACAAGAUAAACCGUAAAGAAGAUCAAGAAGAGGCAUUGACGUAUCUGGAAGUGAGAGAAAAGCAAUAUGACAGGAAGGAGUAUCUUGAUUUUUACACCGACCCCACUUCUACUGUCCCUGCCGUGUCUGGAGUGAUGGUAUAUAUUGCUUCUGCGGACAAGAAGCUCAACAAGAACUACCUAGGGCCUGCAUCUCUAGAAGAAAUUGCCAGCCAAAUAGUUCGUGCAGAAGGGCCAUCUGGACCUAACCGAGACUACCUUUUCCAACUUGAAAAGGCACUAAAUUUAUUAGGAUGUGAAGAAGAUAGGCAUGUCCGUGAUCUUGCGGAUCAAGUGAGAAGCAUUCUUUCUGCGGCUGAGAACUGA